AUGACUCUUUCCUCUAGCUCUCACAGCAGAAGCCACUCACAUAGUCCAAAGAGACCAGAGGGGAUCAAGCCAAGUCGAGGUCGAUCUACUUCUCUCGCAAUUGAGAUUGAAAAACGUGAUCGUAGCUCUACACCAGUCAGAAGACCACACAGUAAAAGUAGUCCACCUGUCCAUGUGUCAUCUAAGCAGGCAAGAUCUCGCGCUUCAUCAACUUCGUCUGAUGAAGAAUCCAGCAGACAAAAAGUGAAGGGGAAGGAGAUUGCCCACCAGUCACCCAAGACACUGAGACCAGCUGAGGCACCUACACUGUCACUGGUUCCACAGGGAGAGAAUGGUGCAUGCCUAGCUGAUGACUCUCCAAAGUUGAUAGCACCUGCAGAAAUGGACCGUAUACGAAGCGUGAGUGACACGUCCAGCACCAGUAGUGGAGGCAGCCAGAUUGACAUUGUGUUGCAGGAUAAGGGUAAAGAAGACAAGCAAUCGGGGAAACCUCCAUUUGCAUACAAUACACCACAGGGAGCAGAGGCCGAGGUGAGCACAGCUAGUGUAGAACAUGCCAGUCUGGCCAGGUCUGACCAACAGAACAAAUCUACAUCUGACCAGCUCACAAAACUGGCCCAGAUAGUUCAGGAGCACUACAAAUUCUCAAAUGAAGGAGGGGGACAGCAAAAGACAUCGCCUUCCUCAUCUAGUUCUCAGAGUACAGAGACCAGUGGGGUUUAA